CUCACGUUACCCUUUUAAAAUCUCAUUUCACUUGCUUUCCUUCUGAAAAGAAAUCAAAUACCCAAAUAUUUUCACACCAAAAAAAAAAAAAAAAAACAUGAAGAGAAGUUUUCCGAAUAGAGAGGUUGAGAAUAAUUUAGCCUUGGCAAAUUGUUUGAUGCAACUCUCACAAGGAGGCAAUAAAUAUGAAGAUGCCAUGAACAAUAGCAUCCCAAGCCGGGUUUUCGAGUGCAAAACAUGUAAUCGGCAGUUCCCUUCGUUUCAGGCUCUAGGAGGUCAUCGAGCGAGCCAUAAGAAGCCUAAGCAGACGGAAGUAGAUGGCGAAACGGAGAAUCAACCACCGGCUAAACCUAAGACGCAUGAGUGUUCGAUUUGUGGAGUCGAAUUCGCGAUCGGGCAAGCGUUGGGGGGACAUAUGAGGAGGCAUAGGGCUGGUUUGAGUGAAAACCAGCAUGGUGCUUUGAGUUUGUCUAACGAGCCAGUGAUGGCACCGAUUGUGAAGAAAUCUCAUAGCAGAAGGAUUUUGUGCUUAGAUUUGAACUUGACUCCUUUGGAGAAUGAUUUGGAACUGCUCAAGCUUGGCAAGGCAACUCCAACAAUAGAUUGUUAUUUGUAAACUCUUCUGUCUGAUCCUAGCUAUAUAGUUUUUUUUUUUUUUUUUGAGACAGAGGGGGGUUAUUCUAUUACUAUUUGAUAUUUGUUCAUUAAUUUACAGAUAAAAAUAUAAUAAAUAUACAUCACUAUAUUUCAGUUUCUUUUUAA